AUGGAAACGGAGAACAAUCAAACGGGGAGUUCUAGUGAUGUUUUGAAAAUAGAAUCGUUAAAAAUAGACCCAAAGACUUUACAUUUGAAUCUGCCUCAUGUCCAUAAAACUGUUCAUACUUCGUCCAAUGAGUCGAAACAAGCAGUGAAAGACAGACUAAUCAAACGUGUUAAAGCCCCGCCUCCUCGUCAAUCGUGGCUCCUGCGGCUGUUUGAAUCCAAGUUGUUUGAUAUGUCCAUAGCUAUCUCGUAUUUAUUCAACUCUAAGGAGCCUGGGGUCCAGUCUUAUUUAGGAAAUCGGUUAUUUAGUUUUCACAAUGAUGAGAUUGACCUGUAUUUACCUCAGAUUGUUAAUAUGUACAUACAGAUGCAUGAUGUAGCAGAGGCCAUUCAUCCAUAUUUAGUCCAUAGAUGUCGCCAAAGUAUCGAGUUUUCAAUUCACACGGCCUGGUUGCUAGGCGCCUAUUCUGCAGACGUCCUGAAGCCAACGUGGAAAAAUUCCCAGGGUAUCAAACUAAAAAAUCUCAUCUUGAACGAAGAUUUACGUCCAACCUAUACCAAAUCUAUUCAACCACCCACAGACAUCCCUCCGAUGUCGCCCACUGGUCUCAAGAAAACUCAUACCAGGUCUCGGUCUGAAGCAACAGGUAAUAUUGGUUUCAAGUUUCAAUCUGGCCACAUAUUCUUGAAACGAUCUAGCGCCAAGGCCCCAAGACUAAUGCCAGAGUUAGAAUUUGUGAAAUCUCUGAUGAAUAUCGGUAUAAAACUACAGUUAUUGCCUACAAAGGAAUUACGAACAUCCAGAUUGAUAGCUGAACUAGCCAUGUUGAAUUUGAAUCUACCCGCUAGAGUUUGGCUGCCGAUCGCUGAUAAAGACCAUCAUCAUGUCGUCAGGAUACCCCACACACAAGCUGUUGUAUUAAACUCAAAAGAAAAGGCACCGUAUUUACUGUAUGUAGAGGUACUGGAAUGUGAAAACCUAGCGUCCAGUCAAGUACCGAGUAAGAUACUAGAGAACACGCUACGAUUCACUCGCUCAGAGGAAGAUCUGACGGGACACCACUACUCUCCUAAAGGUACGUCACCUCUGGAUACCCUUUCUUCAAUAAGGCGACAUAUACCUGAGCGGCUGGUGAAUCAGGGCGAUACUAUUUCCCAGAUGUCAACCGAGAGCUCAGCAAGUGCCGAUAGCAAAGAACCAGUAUACAUAGCUGCAGGAGACAUUCGAAGAAGACUCUCAGAAAAUAUCACUGCUCCUAAAGGCAAAUUUGAGCGUGAUCCUGAUGAUCCAUCAGCAGCAGCUCUGAAGGAACCAUGGGAAGAGAAAGUGAGUCGGAUACGAGAAUCAUCACCAUACGGUCACAUGCCUAAUUGGAAGCUGAUGUCAGUGAUAGUAAAAUGUGGAGAUGAUCUACGACAAGAACUACUGGUUUAUCAAGUCCUCAAGCAAUUGCAGACUAUUUGGAGACAAGAGCACGUGCCAUUAUGGAUAUUUCCCUACAAAAUUAUCGUGACUUCCAACAACAGUGGAAUGAUCGAGCCAGUUCUCAACGCCAUAUCUCUACAUCAGAUCAAAAAACAUAGCAAAAUGACCCUGAGGGAUUAUUUUAUUCACGAAUUUGGGCCCCCGACAAGUGAGGAAUUUUUGACGGCCCAGAGAAACUUUGUACAGAGCUGUGCUGGAUAUUGUUUGGUGUGCUACCUUAUGCAAGUAAAAGACAGACACAAUGGCAACAUCCUGUUAGAUUCAGAAGGUCAUAUUAUACACAUUGACUUUGGUUUCAUACUCUCUAGUUCACCGGGAAAAAAUCUCGGGUUUGAAAACUCAGCUUUUAAACUUACCCAUGAAUUUGCCGAGGUUAUGGAUGGAUUAGGCAGUGAUAUGUUUGAAUAUUUCAAGAUUUUAAUGCUACAAGGAUUGGUGGCCUCCAGAAAACACAUGGACAAAAUUCUGCCAUUGGUGGAGAUUAUGCAGACAGGCUCUCAGCUACCAUGUUUUAGUAAAGGUGCCAGCACCAUCAGAGCUUUGAAGGAUCGGUUCCACUUAAACCUGACCGAAGAGCAACUGCAAUUAUUAGUGGACAAUAUGGUGGAAUCGAGCCUUCACUCUUUGACUACUAAACUUUAUGACGGGUUCCAAUAUUAUACAAAUGGCAUUUUAUAA